GGAGAAGCACCAGCUUUCUUUGUGGAUCAUCUGGAGAAUGGACACACCAAUGGGUUUGGUGUAAAAUCCGAACCUAAAAACAGAGAUACGUCAGUCCAAAUCGGGGAUCGAUCCUACGUGAUUGGUGGAAAUCAUGAAGGCAACCCAUUGUUCCUUGGAGUUAAGAUUCAUGACAGAAUCACUAACAAAUGGUCGAGUCCUACUGUUCUUGGAACAGGCCCUAAACCCUGCAAGGGCUACUCUGCCAUUGUUCUCAAACAAGGUCGGAUUUUAGUUAUCAAAAAAGGUUCAGCUUCUGAUGACUCUAUAUGGUUCCUCGAGGUGGAUAGUCCUUUUGUUCGGGAACAGAGGAAAUUGUUGGGAAAAGAGGUUGUUGCUUGGAGUAAAGGAGUGAGAGGAAAUGCAGAGAAGCCUAUUGUUAUCAGCGGUCCUUCUGGAGUUGGUAAAGGAACGCUUAUAGCGAUGCUUAUGAAAGAGUUUCCUUCAAUGUUUGGGUUCUCUGUGAGCCACACAACUCGAUCUCCGAGGUGUAUGGAGAAGAAUGGUGUUCAUUACCAUUUCACUGAUAAAACUGUUAUGGAGAAAGAGAUCAAAGACGGGAAGUUUCUUGAGUUUGCCUCUGUUCAUGGUAAUCUAUACGGAACCAGCAUUGAAUCCGUCGAGGUUGUAACAGAUUCAGGAAAGAGAUGCAUUCUUGACAUUGAUGUCCAAGGAGCGAGGUCUGUGAAGGCGAGCUCUCUUGAUGCCAUAUUUAUAUUCGUAUGUCCUCCUUCAAUGAAGGAACUUGAAGAUCGGCUUCGUGCCCGAGGAACCGAGACAGAGGAGCAGAUCCAGAAGCGGCUUAGAAACGCUGAAGCAGAAAUCAAAGCAGGGAAAUCCUCAGGCAUCUUUGGUCAUAUUCUGUAUAAUGACAACCUCGAGGAAUGCUACAAGAACCUUAAGAAUCUAUUGGGGAUAAACGAUGACGCUCCUGUGAAUGGCGUAGAAGUAGAAGGGAUCAAUCUUCCAAAGGAGCACGCUGUAACAAAGAUGGAAGAUAAGAUUUUGAUUCAAGAAACGGGAGAAGCAACCAAGAACAACAUGAUCGUGUUGGAUUUAUCUUCUAUUAACGGGGGAGCACCGGGAAGAACAAGAGGGAUCGUUCUGGACACGGUUAAGUCCAGUUAA